GGGUGCAGAGAAAGAAAGAAAGUGGGCAAAUGCUUAAACCCUUGAAAUAAAAAGAGGGUGGAAUGAGAGAGGGGAAUGGCCCAACUCUCAAAUUUUCGGCUCUUUCUCUCCAAACCCUCCACCCUCCACUUCCGAUCCAUCUUCUCGACGGUUAUCGCUUCCUCUUCUUCUCCGAGACGACACCGUAACGCCCCUCUCCAUCUUACCCGCAGAAACAACAGCAACACCCGCGGUGGCAGAGGAAGAACCACUCACCCAAUGGAACUCGACAAGAACGCUUCUUCUGCUGGCUUCAACAAGCGCAGAGCAGAGGGAAGAGACAACAGCGACGCUCCCAAGAAGGACCUCCAAUUAAAGCAUCGCAAGGUCAAUCCAGUUAACACCAUAGCUUAUCUUCAGAUACUCGGAACUGGCAUGGAUACUCAGGAUACUUCUCCUUCCGUCUACCUCUUCUUCGAUAAACAACGUUUUAUAUUCAAUGCUGGAGAGGGACUACAACGAUUUUGCACUGAGCAUAAAAUUAAGUUAUCCAAGAUUGAUCACAUAUUUCUAACUCGUGUUUGUUCAGAAACCGCCGGUGGCCUUCCAGGUUUGCUGCUUACACUGGCCGGAAUGGGAGAAGAGGGGAUGUGUGUCAAGAUAUGGGGCCCUUCAGAUCUUAAGUUUUUAGUAGAUGCCAUGAGAUCAUUUAUUCCCAAUGCUGCCAUGGUUCACACAAAGAGCUUUGGCGGCACCGAUGAUACCACUGUGCUUACUGGAUGUAAGCUAUUGGACAAUCCCAUUGUUCUCAUUGAAAACGAGGUGGUCAAAAUAUCUGCCAUCAUCCUGCGACCACAUCACCCGAUGACACCUUCAGAGACCCUUAACUCACCCAACGGGAAAAACCAGGCUGCUGCGAAGCCUGGUGAUAUGUCUGUAGUAUAUAUUUGCGAACUGCCUGAGAUCAAGGGAAAAUUUGAUCAAGAUAAAGCAAAGGCCCUAGGUUUGAAACCUGGGCCAAAGUAUCGUGAAUUGCAAUUUGGAAAUUCAGUGCAAUCAGAUCGCCUGAAUAUUACGGUUCAUCCAAGUGAUGUCUUGGGUCCUUCUGUUCCUGGUCCCAUUGUACUCCUUGUUGAUUGUCCAACAAAAUCUCAUUUGGAAUCGUUAUUUUCUGCACAAUCACUACGUGUGUGAUUCACUUAAGUCCUGCUUCUGUUGUAAGUUCUUCAGAUUACCAGAAGUGGAUGAAGAAAUUUGGUUCUGCACAGCAUAUCAUGGCUGGGCAUGAAAAGAAGAAUGUAGAGAUUCCUAUCUUGAAAGCUAGUGCAAGAAUUGCAUCUCGACUUAAUUAUGUUUGUCCUCAGUUCUUUCCAGCCCCAGGAUUUUCAUCUCUUUCAAGUGCUCUUGCUUCAAGUGAGGGUUCCUUUUCUGAAUCUUCUAAAGUCAUUUCUGCUGAAAAUCUUCUCAAGUUUACAUUGCGUCCUUAUGCUCGUCUUGGGUUGGAUAGAUCCGGUACUCCAACCACGGUGACUUCCACGCAAAUCAUUGAUGAGUUACUCUCAGAGAUUCCAGAGGUCGUGGAAGCAGCUCAUCAUGUAAGUCAGCUCUGGCAACAAGCUAAUCAGACAAAGGAGGAUUUAGUUCCCGCAGCAGAUCGAAAUAUGAUGAUUGAGGAACCUUGGUUGUGUGAUUCUACUGUUCCUUCGUGUUUGGAAAAUAUAAGGAGAGAUGACUUGGAGAUAGUUCUUCUUGGAACUGGUUCAUCCCAACCAUCCAAGUACAGAAACGUGAGUUCAAUAUAUAUAAAUCUUUUCUCAAAAGGAGGUUUGCUCUUGGAUUGUGGUGAAGGAACCUUGGGACAACUCAAAAGAAGAUAUGGUGUAAGUGGUGCUGAUGAUGUUGUGAGAGCUUUAAGAUGCAUUUGGAUUUCACAUAUCCAUGCUGAUCACCACACUGGCUUGGCUAGGAUCCUUGCUCUGCGCCGUGAAUUGCUGAAGGGGGUGCCUCAUGAACCAGUUCUUGUCGUAGGGCCAAGGCAGCUCAAGAGAUAUUUAGAUGCUUACCAAAGACUCGAAGAUUUGGAUAUGCUGUUUUUAGAUUGCAAGCACACCACAGCAGCUUCAUUGGAUGCUUUUGAGGAUGGCUGUGACCUGAACAAUAAUAAUAGAGAAGUAUCCGCAUCAAAAGUUGAUUCAACUUUGUUUGCCAAAGGGUCUCGUAUGCAAAGUUUAUGGAAAAGACCAGGCAGUCCUGUUGACAAAGAUGCCGUUUCUCCUAUCCUAGAGAGAUUUAGGGGGGUAAUCCAGGAAGCUGGUCUGAAGUCCUUGGUUAGUUUCCCUGUUGUACAUUGCCCACAGGCAUUUGGUGUUGUUCUAAAAGCAGCAGAGAGGACUAGUACUGCGGGAAAAGUGAUACCUGGCUGGAAGGUUGUAUAUUCUGGCGACACAAGGCCCUGUCCAGAGUUGGUAGAAGCAUCUCGAGACGCAACAGUUCUUAUACACGAGGCAACUUUUGAGGAAGCUAUGGUAGAGGAGGCUAUAGCAAAAAACCACAGCACCACAAAUGAAGCCAUAGAAAUGGGAAACUCCGCUGAUGCAUACCGAAUCAUUUUAACUCAUUUCAGCCAAAGAUAUCCUAAAAUACCUGUGUUGGAUGAAGCAAACAUGCAUAAAACGUGUGUUGCAUUUGACAUGAUGAGUGUGAAUGUGGCAGAUUUGCCCGUUCUUCCAAAGGUUCUUCCAUAUUUGAAAUUGCUUUUCAGAAACGAAAUGAUAGUUGAUGAGUCAGACGAUGUAGUAGACGCUGUGACCGCCGCAUAUUAACAAAAUGACUCCUAUUCUAUUCAUUUUUUUUCGCUUUGCAUGUAUAUUAGAUUUUUAUAGACAGAGAUUAUAGAAUCAUGCUAUGCAAAAGCAAUAUAUAUAGUCAUUCAUUUCUCCUUGAAACAUCAAGUUUCCUUCAUAAGCCAAAAUUGACCUGUAUUCC